CACACACACACACACACACACACACUAAACACACACACACACUAAACACACACACACACACACACUAAACACUCACUCACAUACGCGGGGCGCAAUUAUUAACGCGUUACACACAGAAUGAAGCGAGCAAGGCGAAAGCGUCGUUUUCGACCUGUAAGAGAAGACAUCGAGAUAGAACAAAAGCAAGAACAAAUCGAUAAGUUACAGGAAGAAUUCAGCGAAAUUCAACGAUUCAAUGACGUUCCACUAAGUCACAAGACUCAAGAAGGAUUGAGUCACGCAGGAUAUUUGGUGCCAACAGACAUUCAGCGUCAGGCCAUUCCUCUGGCAUUGAAAGGCAGGGAUGUUCUUGGAGCUGCGAAGACAGGCUCUGGCAAGACGCUGGCAUUUCUUAUUCCGGCUUUGGAGCUGCUGUGGCGGAGGCAGUGGAGUUCUCUUGAUGGAAUUGGUGUUCUUGUUAUAUCUCCUACGAGAGAACUGGCAUAUCAAACAUUUGAAGUGCUUCGCAAAAUUGGACCAUUUCAUAACUUGUCUGCUGGCUUGGUCAUCGGUGGGAAGGAUUUGAAACACGAGCAGGAAAGAAUUCAGCAAACCAAUGUCGUCGUCUGCACUCCCGGUCGCCUUCUACAGCACAUGGACCAGACACCAAAUUUCUAUUGUGAUUCACUCCAGCUGCUUGUUCUUGACGAAGCCGACAGGAUAUUGGACUUGGGCUUUGCUGAAUGCAUCAAUGCGAUAUUAGAAAAUCUCCCAAGUGAUCGACAAACUCUGCUUUUUUCGGCAACUCAGACCAGAUCUGUGAGUGACUUGGCCAGACUCAGCUUGAAAGAUCCUGAAUAUGUGUCUGUUCAUGAGCAUGAGCAGUAUAGCACACCGCUCAAGCUAAAACAGAGUUAUAUCAUAUGUGAACUAUACGAGAAGAUAGACAUCUUGUUUUCAUUUCUACGAAAUCACACAACGUCGAAACUUCUUGUCUUUCUUUCCAGCUGCAAACAGGUGAAAUUUUUUUAUGAAGCACUUCGUCAUCUUCGACCGGGAUUACCACUGAUGGCUUUGUAUGGAAGACAGAAACAAAUGAAACGUGUCGGUAUAUACGAGGAGUUUUGUCGAAAGACAUCAGCUGCUCUGUUGGCAACAGACAUAGCAGCAAGAGGAUUGGAUUUUCCAGCUGUGCAUUGGGUUGUUCAGGUGGACUGUCCUGAAGAUGGAAACACGUACAUUCAUCGAGUUGGACGGACAGCCAGGUAUGAAAAAGAUGGGCAGGCUCUUAUCUUUCUUUUACCUUCAGAAAAAGACGGGAUGCUGAAGUCUCUUUGUGAUAAGAAAAUUCCUAUUUCUGAAAUAAAAAUAAAUCCUCGUAAGAUAACGUCAGUGAAAAAGAAACUUGCUUCGUUAUGUGCUCAAGAUUUGACAUUGAAGCAGUGGGCUCAGAGGGCUUUUGUUACGUAUAUCAGAUCCGUGUUCUUACAAUCAGACAAACAUGUCUUUGAUGUUGACAAACUUCCAGUAGACGAGUUUGCCAGUUCCCUAGGAUUGUCGUCAUCUCCUAGAAUUCGUUUCUUACAGAGAGCAAAGAAACUGCGUGGCCCACACUUAAGUGUGGGUUACAAUGGCAUGCAUGAGGCGGCUGAUGGUGAUGAUUCAAGUGUGUUGGAAGUUCAACAAUUGGGUGGUGACCAAGAAGACGAACUGUUGACGGUAAAAAGAAAGAAUGUGUUUCUGGACACUGGUAUGGACGAAUGGCUUGACGAUGACAAUGAGAGAGAUGAGACGACGGUGACGACGAAGCAGUUGUCACGAGUUGGACAGGCUAAGAAAUUACAGAGAAAGAAACUCAAGUUAAACACAAAAAUUGUCUUCAAUGAAGACGGUGAGCCUAUAAUGCCUGACAAGCAGCCAGGGAAAGACUUAAAAAUAGCACCUGAUUCAGAAGUAGUAUCUAGACGAGAUGAGGACAGCAAGCAUGUAAUGAUUGCGCCUGUACCUUUGGAACAAGCCGAUAUGGUGGAAACUGGAGGAAUAGAUUUACGCAAAGUGGAAUUAACAAUGAAAAAGAGAGACGUGCAAGACAAGGACAAGUAUAGUAAACGUGUCAAGGCCAAGCACAAGGAGACGAGACGAAAACAGAAGAACAGGAGGAUUAUGAGCAAAGAGUACGAGAACAGUAAUGAACAAGUGAGUCUGAAAACUCAACAAUCCGGAAGCGACAUAACGGAUGACGAAGAUGAAGAAGAACCAAGACCCAAGAGAUUGAAGAAGUCUCAAAGUUUGAGAGGGAAACUACGUGUCGAGAAGACAGAGAGCGAUGAUGAGAUUACAACCAGACGAGACCGAGUAACAGCUUUAGACGAUGCCGAACAACUGGCACUUCAUUUACUGUCUGGCACUAGAUAGAUCUAUUGCCACGGUCAUUGCCAGUAAAAGUGUAAUGUAUAGACGUUGAAAUGGUUUAAUUGAAAUAUAAUGAUGUGGAGAUAUUGUGAAGAGAGCG